AUGCUGGUGCUGAUGUUCCUCAUAUUGGUGUUCAUUCCUCAAGUGGUAUAUGGUUCUCCCAUUGCUAAAUGUCCCAUCAGCAAUCCUCUUCCCAUGAAGCACAAGUAUUAUCGGUCUGGAGAUGUCAUCAUUGGGGGUGUUAUUUCUCAGAUCUUCACCUUUUCGAACCCCAUAAGCUUCCAAUCACAUCCCUCUCAAGACCUCCUUGAUCACCUUGUUCAUUUUGAUGCAAGCACUAUUUAUCUUGCCUCAAUGGAACUUCUCUCGACAUGGGGCAAAUUCAGCCCGAACUAUAAAUGUGAUGCAAAGGACAAUGUAGUUGCUGUCAUUGGGGGUCCAAAUUCAAGUGUGUGUGCUUCCAUGGCAAACAUUCUGUUUAUCUACAAAGUGCCACAGCUUGGAUAUGGCUUUGCUCCAAUGACAAACGAUCACAGCCAAGCUGCUUUCUUCCAAGGAAUGUUCCCUAAAGGAGCACACCAGUAUACAGGGAUUCUCCAGUUGCUCCUGUUUUUUAAGUGGACUUGGAUUGGCAUCAUUUUUGUGCACGAGAGUGGAGAAAGAUUUGUCCAGACUGUUCUUCCUGUGUUUUCUCAGAAAGGCAUCUGUUUUGACUUUAUACAACCAUUGCUAACAGUGCGUAUCACUGGCGAUAUUGCAGAAAUGGUGGAAGUGUGGACAGAAGCAUUUGAGGUCAUUAUGAGCAGUACUGCCACUGUUGUAAUUGUGCAUGGUGAAAUCCACACAAUGAUAUCUUUGAUAACAUUACCAGAGUUUUCAGACAUUUUCGAAAUCCCAAUGAAGACCAAACAGAAAGUCUGGAUCAUGACAGCGCAGAUGGAGUUCACAUCAGUCUGCUUUCAAAGAUUUUGGGACAUAAGCAUCAUCCACGGUGCUAUUUCAUUUACAGUUAGCUCUAAGGAUGUGAUAGGAUUCCAGAAAUUUCUUCAGAUGAGAAACCCUGCUUCAGACAAAGAAGAUGGCUUUAUCAGGGACUUCUGGCAGCAGACAUUUUCCUGUGUAUUCCAAAGCAAUGAGAAAGAAAAGGCACAUGAGAACAUCUGCACUGGGGUGGAGAAGCUGGAGACCCUUCCUGGGUCUGUCUUUGAAAUGGGCAUGACCAGCCAAAGCUACAGUGUCUAUAACGCUGUCCAUGCUGUGGCACAUGCUUUGCAAUCCUUGCAUUCCUCGAGAUCCAAAGUGAGAGCAAAGGUGCAUGGAACUCUCUGGGAGCAUCCAGCUCAUCAGCCCUGGCAGCUCCAUCACUUUCUGAGAAGAGUUUCCUUUAACAACACUGCUGGGGACCAGAUCUCCUUUGAUAAAAAUGGGGAAUUAGUCACUGGAUUUGAUAUUUUCAACUGGGUCAUAUUCCCAAACCAGUCCUUCCUUAGAGUCAGAAUUGGAAAGAUAGACCCCCUCACCCCUGCAGACAAAAUGCUGAGCACUGCUGUGGAUGCCAUUGUAUGGCCCAGCAUCUUCAACCAGACACAGCCUAUAUCUCAGUGUAAUGAAUUCUGCCAAUUGGGUUAUAGGAAGACAAAGGUGGAAGGGAAGCCAUUUUGCUGCUAUAAUUGCAUUCCAUGCCCACAAGGGAAGAUUUCAAACCAGAAAGACAUGGACAAUUGUUAUGAAUGCCCAGAAGAUCACUAUCCAAACAAGAACCAGGAUUCAUGCAUUCCCAAAGAGAUCAGUUUUCUUACUUACAAAGAACCUUUGGGAAUCAGUUCAGUUCUGGUCUCUCUUUUCUUCUCACUUCUCACUGCUUUGGUACUUUGCGUCUUCAUUACCCACAAGGACACUUCAAUUGUCAAAGCCAAUAAUCAAAACCUUACCUUCACUCUCCUUGUUGCCCUCCUGCUCUCCUUCCUUGGUGCCUUACUCUUCAUUGGCCGACCUGACAAGGUGACCUGUCUCCUUCGACAAACUGCUUUUGGAAUCAUCUUCUCAGUGGCUGUUUCUUGUGUGUUGGCCAAAACCAUCACUGUGGUCCUCGCUUUCAUGGCCACCAAGCCAGGAUCCAUAAUGAGAAGAUGGGUGGGUGCAAAGCUGGCUAAUUGCAUUGUCCUUUCCAGUUCCCUGAUUCAAGCCAUAAUUUGCACAAUUUGGCUGGCUACCUCUCCUCCCUUUCCAGAUUUUGACAUGCAUUCGAUGUCUGAAGAAAUCAUCCUGGAAUGCAAUGAAGGUUCAGAGGUCAUGUUCUACUUUGUCCUGGGCUUCAUGGGCUUCCUGGCCAUUGUCAGCUUCAUGGUGGCUUUCCUAGCAAGGAAGUUGCCUGAUAGUUUCAAUGAAGCCAAAUUUAUCACGCUCAGCAUGCUGGUCUUCUGCAGUGUUUGGUUGACCUUUGUUCCAGCCUAUCAGAGCACAAAAGGAAAGUACAUGGUGGCUGUGGAGAUAUUCUCCAUCAUGUCAUCCAGUGCUGGGUUGCUUCUCUGUAUUUUUCCUCCCAAAUGCUACAUUAUUUUAAUAAGACCUGAGCUGAACAACAAGCAUCAGCUAAUGAAAAGGAAGAAUUACUGA